CGGCGAGUGUAUAAAACUGUCUCAUUUCUUCCCCAUCUUUUUCUUCAUUCAUCUCUUUCAUCCCUCCCGCAAUCUCUUUUUCUUGAAAAAAAAAAAAUGGCUACUGAAUCCCUUACCCUUCACCCAAGCGGCAGCAAAAUGCCAUUGCUCGGGUUUGGCACCUGGAAGAUCCCAAAGGACUCGGCCGCUGAUGUUGUCUACAAGGCAAUCGAGGCUGGAUACAGACUGUUUGAUUGCGCCUGCGACUACGGCAAUGAGAUCCAAGUUGGACAGGGAAUCAAGAAGGCCAUUGCUGACGGUCUUGUUACUCGCGAAGAACUCUUCAUCACCUCCAAGCUGUGGAACACCUACCAUCACAAGGAGCAUGUCCCUCUCGCGUUCAACCGCACCCUCACAGAUCUGGGACUCGACUACAUCGAUCUCUACUUGAUCCAUUUCCCCAUCUCGCUCAAGUUCGUCCCCUUCGAGGAGCGCUACCCUCCUGAGUGGGGUAACAUGGAGCAGGACCCCGUCCCCAUUCACGAGACCUGGGCCGCCAUGGAGAGCCUCGUUCACUCGGGCAAGGUUAAGAACAUUGGCGUCUCCAAUUUUACUGCCGUUCUCUUGAUGGAUCUGCUGUCUUAUGCCAAGGUCAAGCCUGCGGUCCUUCACAUUGAGGUCCACCCUUACCUUAACAACGCCGAUCUCAUCAAGUUCGCUCAGAGCCAGGGUCUCCAGAUCACGGGCUACUCCAACUUUGGACCUACGUCCUAUGUCGAGCUUGGAUCGCCCGCUGCUAAGAAUGCGGUCCCUCUAUUCAAGGAGGAGAAUCUUUCCAAGAUCGCUGCUCACCACAACAAGACCGUUGCUCAGGUUAUUCUGCGCUGGCUGGUCCAGGACAAGAUCGCGGUCAUCCCUAAGUCUGUGAAUCCUGUCCGUCUGGCCCAAAACGCGGAUAUCUUUAACUUUAAGCUGUCGACCGAGGAGAUGGACACCAUCAACGGCAUGAGCAUCCCCUUGAGAUUGAACGACCCUGGCGUCUAUGCCAACAUCCCUAUCUAUGCUUAAUGGAGCGAAACCCUCCUAUUGUAAUUAGCCACCAACUUUCUCUUCAGUAAAUUCUGG